GGGGCUUGCACCAGCGCUCCCAGCUCGGCUGCGGCUUCUGCCGCAGGUUGCCCGGCUAGGCGAGCGGCGCGGUCGCCCCCAGCAGCGGCCUCAUGGCAGCCCCCGGCACCCCGGCCGAGUGCGGCUACAUCCGCACGGUUCUCGGCCAGCAGAUCCUGGGACAACUGGACAGCUCCAGCCUGGCCCUGCCCUCCGAGGCCAAGCUGAAACUGGCGGGCAGCAGCGGCCGCGGCGGCCAGGCGGCCAAGAGCCUGCGGAUCCAGGAACAGGUGCAGCAGACCCUAGCACGGAAGGGCCGGAGCUUCGUGGCCAACGGAAAUCUACACCGAACCAGCAGUGUUCCUGAAUAUGUCUACAACCUACACUUGGUGGAAAACGAUUUUGUCGGAGGGCGGUCCCCUGUCACUAAGACCUAUGAUGUGCUCAAGGCCGGCAAUACCGCCACCUUCGAGGGCCGCUGGAGGAGAGGGGCGGCGCAGUACAGCUCGCAGAAGUCGGUGGAAGAACGGGCGCUGAGGCAGCCCCUGCGGCGCCUCGAGGUGUCGCCCGACAGCAGCCCCGAGCGCCUGCUCUACGUGCCCAGCGAGCCCCAGCCCGGCGCGCGCGGCCGGCCGGGCCCCGUGGCCCCGUGGCCCCCCGAGGGCGCGCGGCCCACGCCGCAGGGGCCGCCCCGCUACGCGCGCUCCGAGAUCGUGGGCCUGAGCCAGGCGGGAGGCCGGCGGCGCCGCUAUGACACCUACCACAGGCAGUACCAGUACUCGACGGCGCUCGACGGCGGCGCGGCCGUCAGCCCGGCCGUGCUCACCUACCCGCGGCCCGCCACCAGUCACAGCAUGGGCAACCUCCUGGAGAAGGAGAACUACCUGAGCUGGGCGCCGCGGCCGCUGCAGCUCGUGACGCAGAGCAGGGGCGCCAGGACCUCCUGGCACCAGAGCUCCUUCCACAGCGCGCGCUCGCAGCGGGAGGCCGGGCCCAGCGCCACGCUGGACGGCGGCAUUCGCAGGACGCACCUGACGGCCGGCCAGGCCGCGGCCGGCGCCUACCCCGACGGGCAGCUCGGGAAUGCGGACCUGGAGAUGACCCUGGAGCGAGCCGUGAGCAUGCUGGAUGCAGACCACACGCCGCUGCCCAGGAUCCCUGCCGCCGCCACGUUCAUCCAGCAUGAGUGCUUCCAGAAGUCCGAAGCACGGAAAAGGGUUAAUCAGCUUCGCGGUAUCCCCAAGCUGCUGCAGCUCCUCAAAGUUCAGAAUGAGGACGUGCAGCGAGCCGUGUGCGGCGCCUUGAGAAAUCUGGUGUUUGAAGACAAUGACAACAAAUUGGAAGUAGCAGAACUCAACGGGGUGCCUCGGCUGCUGCAGGUGCUGAAGCAAACCCGAGACCUGGAGACGAAGAAGCAGAUUACAGGUUUGCUGUGGAAUUUGUCCUCUAACGACAAACUCAAGAAUCUCAUGAUAACAGAAGCCUUGCUCAUCCUGACUGAAAAUAUCAUCAUCCCCUUUUCUGGGUGGCCGGAAGGAGACUACCCCAAGGCAAAUGGUUUACUUGACUUUGAUAUAUUCUACAAUGCCACAGGAUGCCUCAGAAACAUGAGCUCAGCUGGCUCUGAUGGGAGGAAAGUGAUGAGAAGGUGUGAUGGGCUCAUCGACUCCUUGGUCCACUACGUCAGAGGAACCAUUGCGGAUUACCAGCCAGAUGACAAGGCCACAGAGAACUGCGUGUGCAUUCUUCAUAACCUCUCCUACCAGUUGGAGGCAGAGCUCCCGGAGAAGUAUUCCCAGAAUGUCUACAUUCAAAACCGAACUAUCCAGACUGACAACAACAAAAGUGUUGGGUGUUUUGGCAGCCGAAGCAGGAAAGUAAAAGAGCACUACCAGGACAUGCCGAUGCCAGAGGAGAAGAGCAACCCCAAGGGUGUGGAGUGGCUGUGGCACUCCAUCGUGAUUAGGAUGUAUCUGUCUUUGAUUGCCAAGAGUGUCCGGAACUUCACGCAGGAAGCCUCUCUGGGAGCUCUCCAGAACCUCACAGCAGGAAGUGGACCGAUGCCGACGUCAGUAGCUCAGACGGUGGUCCAGAAGGAAAACGGCCUGCAGCACACUCGCAAGAUGCUGCACGUUGGCGACCCAAGUGUCAAAAAGACUGCGGUCUCCCUGCUGAGAAACCUGUCUCGGAUUCCUUCUCUGCAGAAUGAGAUCGCCAAAGAAACCCUGCCGGAUUUGGUUUCCAUAAUUCCUGACACAGUCCCCAGCACUGAGCUGCUCACUGAGACUACAGCCUCUGCCUGUUACACGCUGAACAAUAUUGUCCAGAACAGCUACCAGAAUGCACGAGACCUACUGAACACUGGGGGCCUGCAGAAGGUGAUGGCCAUCAGCGCAGGUGACACCUACGCCCCCAACAAGGCAAGCAAAGCAGCCAGUGUCCUGCUGUAUUCCCUGUGGGCACACACCGAGCUCCACAACGCCUACAAAAAGGCUCAGUUUAAGAAGACAGAUUUUGUCAACAGCAGGACUGCCAAAGCCUACCACUCUCUGAAGGACUGAGGAACGAGGAAAAGGGCUCUCUGAAACCCCCACCUCCCCAUUCUCGGCUACAAGAAAGCCCCGAAGGAAAACCACCUAUUUUUCUACUACCCAAUCCAAGAAAGCCUGGACAGCAUGCCUUGUUUCUAACCUUUUCUAUGCCCAUGUUCUCAGAAUCCAGAAAAUAAAUAAUGAGAACACCGUU